UGUAGCCAGAUUGGAAAUAAUCAUCAUAGAGUAGCAUAUAUACAAUGGCCUCUGCUUAAACGAAAGUUUUCUGGACGACCUAUUUGCCGAUUCACUAACCACAGGUAGCACCAGAUAUAAGAACUUUACAAGUAAAAAUCUCAGAACUUAUGCAUUGAGUUCUGAUCUGGCAGAUAUUCAACCCACUGUAAUUAUUGAAGAUUUCGGAAACAAUUCUAAUGCAAUUAUUAACAUGAUGGAGAAAGUGCCUGGACUGCUGAAAUGCCCAUAUGCAGACUACCUGUAUGUGCUAUUUUAUGGCAACAUAUUGACCAGCUAUACGAACAAGAACAAUCAACCAUGUUGUUAUUUCGAACCCGUUUAACAAAGGCACAUAUUCAUCUAAAUCCUUUCUCCAAGGUAGAUAUUUAAUAACAUGCAAUUUCCAUUUGUGUGACUAAUGGUGCAAACGAUCAGUCAAAUUCGCUAAACUAUUAAAAAUGUGUCACUGUACAUUAUACAACAAUUUUCGCGAUCCAUUUCCGUAUAUAAACAUAUAAAAAUGCUUAUAUACGGACUCUGCUUUGCACUGUUAUACUGCACUGUCUGGCUGAACUGUCGGGCGAAGUGCAACUGUGCACUCAUGCGUGAAAAGUGGUCACGUGGUCUCGUUAGCGUACUAUCACUUCAGUAUACUAUGGUUUAAGGUAGUUCCUCAGUAGGUGUCGCUCGGAUUUGUGAUGCUUCGAUUGUUACGGCGUGCGAGUCUCCUGAAGCAGUAGGUUGAACGCUAUCCCUAGUCUCGUAUAGGGUCUAACUCUAAUACCAAUUGUCCUUUUGGAAUAUCUAGCCUCGAUUAUAAGGACGACUCGGGCAGCGUUAAAUCUGUAUUGCAAUGACUCGAAGAGUAUCUGAUUAUAUCUUUAUUGUUAAUUCGUAUGCGACGGUAUAUAUAAGUUGCAGCAGUUGGCAUGACUACUUAUUCCGUACCUUAUACAAAUAGAAUACAUAUGUAUAUAAAAUAAUAAGACGGUUAAUUUGUACAAGUGAAUAUAGCUUAAACUGCAAUAUCUCAAACAGGUGCUAGCUUCGCUCAACUUCAUAUCUAAAACAGUGUAUAUAACAUUUGCGGCACUGCAGUGAUUAUACAUGCUUCCGGUUUCACACGUUACGAAUGGAUCAGCCAAAUAGGUCGGCUUGUGUGUGAACGAGGACAAGUAUAGUUAAUAAUGCGUCAUAUAUUAACUCUGAUAGAUACUUGGAAAUAUGAGACAAGAAAUGUCUCCAAUAUUUAUUUAUUCAAGUUAGUAAAGCUGUCACUUAAAGAACGUGCAAACUGUCUGUUCAGGCCAAUGUUGUGAGAACCUGUAUCGUUAAUAUUAAGGCACUUUCCGGUUGUAUGGCGAUUCCUUUAGUUCCUUGUAUAUCAAGAUUUAGCUUAAUAGCUUCUUUCAGCACGAUUUUCUAGCUUACAUACACCACGCGGACUAUUGCCCUUCCUAAGUUUUGUCUACCAAGCGUCUUUUGUUUACUGUUUCGUUAAUUACAGUAGAAUUAGCUGUAUGUACAAAUAAGAUGUUAGGACGAAUUGGGCUUUUCUUUGGACUUUGCGUCAUAUUUACAGAACUGGCAGUUACUACAACUGAGAUUUGCACCGGUAACAGUAACUGUAGCAAGAAAGUAAGAUGGAUAGACACAGCGAAAAAUAGUACGUGGUCAACUUGGACCCCUUGGAGUAGUUGCAGCGCCUCUUGUGGCACAGGUACUCGUACCCGAUGGCGGUUUUGCCUUCGACAAAUAAUACAACCUUGUCAAGGAAUAUCAAGACAAGAAAAGGAAUGCUACGACUUCGUAUGUCCGUCUUAUCUAUCGUGGCCGAGGAUACAUUUUAGCGGAACUCUUAACGCUGACUGCCCGACAGUAAACAACCAACGCUGUCUGUACAAUAACAGUUGGUUUUGCCCCACCUGCAACACCUUUCGGCAAAAUAUGAUUAGUCUUGUUCAAACAAAGGGUCAUUCUGAGGAAAAGAUUGUUUACUUACAAAAUGAAGUGAACCCAAUGGGAAAUGGUCAUUUUUAUUUUAGCAACACCGUAAUCACAUCCGCCUGUUGGAAUCCAGGCGAAGAAUGUGACGAGAAAGACUUUCUGGUGAACCGCAGGGUGACGUACGUGGCACCCGGUAGAAUGGUGGAUCUCGACCCAGAUUGGCAAACCGCGCCUGAGGUUAUUGGUUACGAGAUCAAAAUACCGGGAAUGAUGAUCGCCAUGAUGGAGAAUGGUCCAAGUAGUCAAAUUACCAAAAGAAUAUCAAACAAUAUAAACGAUCACGCUACUGCAGCCACAAUCAAAAGCAAACUGGUUAAAAUUCGAUGGUUGGAUGAUUUUUAUCGGAAGAAAUUUAUGAAUGCCACUUCUCUUUCUAUUUCUUUCGUCAUGGAUAUGUUUAGUUUUAAAACUGACCGCGGACGAAUCACUGGUACAAUCGGUAUGACGUCGGACGAUGAUCCAACGAAUCUUUACGGAGGAAGAGUCAUGCGUCCGUUGAAUUUAAAACGUUCCCCUUCAAGGGAGUACGCAUUUGCUCUCGAUAUCAAAACAAAGGCCAUUUUGAUUGAUUGUGGCACUUCAAUACGAUCCGACACAAAUGGAAAUUUUGCAAUUAACGACUUGAAGCAUGUUGAUGUGGUGGCGUACGAUCCCGAGCAUAAACUCUGUCGACACCGUAGUUUUAACUGCAGACAGAGAGCUGUACAUUGUGGCGGUAAAGAUCUGUUCAUGGUCUCUUCAGGCGGGGCACUGGACUUUGUUCAGCAAGGACAGAAUUGGUAUCUCAAGCGUGGUGGUGUCGUUUUGGUUUCUCUCAAACACUUUUCAAAAGAAGUGAUCGAUGUUCUUUCGCGCACCAGACUUGGAUUGGUCAACCACACUGUGUUAUACAAUCACUGUCAAAGCAAUCGUUGGGAAUAUAAAUUGUGCGAUCUUUUUCCUGCUUAUUGCCGAAAGGUCGAUGCAGCAAGAAAAGGAAGCUGUAUGUUGAUGAGUUUGGAAGAUGAAUACGGGUUGAAUUUUAAAACAAUGGGAGGUUUUACGAAACGCAUCAGUCGAGGUGAAACUUGGAAAGUUCCAGCAAUCGUUACCAGCUUUUCUCGACCAGUAAAGAAUGCCACAUUAAGUUUACACAUCGUAGAUACGCCUUUCGAACUUGAUUCUUGUACUUUUACCGAGGAUCCUAUAGCAAUGUAUUUGGCUCAUCCAAAAAAUGCUGUAAAACUAAGUGAUCCGGCGACAACGAACAGAAAAGGAACCGCUAUUCUAACAGUAAAAGCUGUACGGAAUCCUGGGAAUCCAAGAAAAGCUGGAGUCGAUGGUCAGGUAUAUCCGUUGGGACUUACUGUAACGUACGCACCUGAUGGCAAGAAACCAAUUAGAAUUGCUGACGGAGGUGCAAUGGACGGAUGUACUCUCACUACCGGUAGUUAUUCCAAAGCAAUAAAAGAAUGCAGCUUGACAGCUUCCCGCUACACAUUCAAUUUUGCAGUAAGAGUUUUCAGUUCGUUACCAGCGGUAACAAUGCGGAAAACCUGUCCUACAUGGACUGAAGACAUCAGACCCAUAUUUCAACUUUAUUACAAUCUUUUCCCAGUGAUGGAGAAACAUAAUAUUAUCAAUCUACGUGAUAUACAUGACGUCAGAUCGCAGCUACAUAAGAUCAACAUGUCGAUGUUCGAGUUCGACUGGAAUCAUCCUAAUUUCAUGCCAACCACUCGUGACCUCUCACCAGACAAGACGGAGAUCGUGAGAAGGUGGCUGGAAUGUGAGAUUACAGGCGGACCGACUGACAAACAGUACAACGUCUACAAUGAGGGGCGGUAUAGAGUGUGUGGUUCUGAAGAAUAUCUAACAAGAACUGUUACUCAUUUAAAAGAAAUUCUUCAGAUGGCUAUUUUCGUUGAGCUAUACACGAUACCGCCAUACAUGACCGCUAUGUUUUCAUUAAAACGAGAACGCUUCAAAGAAGCUUACUCGAUCUUGAAAGGAAUUGCCACUGAAGAAAUGCUGCACAUGACCUUGGACGCAAACAUACUAAACGCAAUUGGAGGAUCGCCAAAUACCACUGAUCCACAUUGGUUACCAAACUAUCCAACACCUUUUCCAAGUCUCGAAUUUAUGCAGUUGCUGCCGAACGUGAUGCUGAAGCUUGAGAAGUUCUCCUUAUCGAUGGUGAAAGAAGUUUUCAGUGAAAUUGAGAAACCAGCAUCGCUUGAAGUUUUUAAGAUUUUUCACUCCGCUUCUCUUCUGUGGAGCGAUCUUCCGGAUGAUGAUGGCGGAAGAUGGAAAUUGAACAACACGACAAACAUAUUAUACGAUACGUCUGCAAAGAUGAAUUCGACUGGACCACGAUGGUUAAAGGCAGCACAGACGUUGAACGCAACAAGGAUGGUCGACAAAACCGUGAAUGGUCCUCUUUUCUGGAAAGAUAUAUUUGAGAAGACCACCGACAUGUUGGAACUUCCAGAAAUCGCGGAUGUUUACACGAUUGGAGCUUAUUACGCUCAUGUUCUAUUAAAAUUAUUGCAAGCUGAAUCCUGCGUUAAGAUGGGCUCCAUAAAGAACACAAUUUUCGUUGGCGAUCCAAACAAACAGUUGACCUCCAAACAGUGGUACGUCACUAAAGGUCUCAGCACUGCUACGCUGUUUCCAGUCACUGGGCUAAAGUCAGCGAUCGAAGCAAUUCUUGAAGUAGUUUACGAAGGCGAGGGAGGUUCGCCUUGCUGGCCUUUUGUAAGUGACAACCCGGGUGAUCACCGACAACGACAACUUAAUCUUGGUGGAAGACAAAUUUCUUCACGCAGAGAAGAGUAUUCGCAUUACAUACGCUUUCAGGAAAUUGUCCAUGGAAGAGAAUUGGUUGAAGUCACCGAAGUUCAACCUCAAUGGGCAUCCGAUCAAUGUUUGCACCUUAAUAACGAGUUUUGUGGACUCCCAUCAAAGAACUUUAAUCAUUCGUAUCAUCCACAUUUUUGUUACACGGGAAGAUCGCUUUCGAUAUCUGAAAAGGAUGACGUGUGGCAGCUAAAAAUAAAUAAAUUCAGCCGUUAUAACAAGAAAAAGCCACCGCACAGUUUUCAUAAAGUAAAAACAUUUAAUAUGCUGUACACUUCACUUCUUCGGUGUCUAGAAAUUGCUUUUAAUGGAAACCCAACGGGCAUGUCAAAGUGCAUGGGCAACAUGUACGAGUUACUUGAAGCAGGAAGAAAACUUGCAACUCUACCUUUUUACAAAAAUGGAGACAGUGAGACUGGACCAAACACGAUGCCGGAAUGGAAAUUCAUCAAAGACGGUUACGAACAAAAGACGAAGAAAAACUAUGCACAACUAGAUUUCAAAUUUUGUUAAUUGUCGAUAUAGAUGUAUAUGUCUUAUUAAUGCUAUAGUCAAUCUAAGUGGCAGACAAUGUGUUGAAUUUAAGCAUUUUGUGGCUAGGCAUUGCUCAGUCCACAAACUGUCUUCUUUCAUACGCCUAUGCCACAUAAACUUGUUUGCAAUGA